CAUAAUUUGAUUUGAAAAAACGCAUUAUAUACCAUAUAGUGAUUAAAAUAAUAUAUAUUUUCAUUACUAGAAGCAAUGCUUGCUAAUUACAAUACAAGCAAAAUACCCAUUGGCAUGGCGACAGUGUAAAGUUGACUGUAGAGAAAUCAGGUGUGAAGAUUCUCGUGUAUUAAAACUUUUUAUGAAACUGUACGAUAAACAAGAAGAUGGAAAACACAAGCAAGCUAAAAACAAAUGAAAUCUUAAGGUUUUUUGCGUCUGUUCCACUACUGUUGGUAUGUGUGGUCCAAAAUUUGAUUUUCCCUUUACUUUACGUUCUUCUUUUAAUAUUAAUGCAACCAGUAAGAUUAGUAAGCAGCGAAACAUUUUGGUGGGUUGAGGGAAUGAUUUAUGACUCUUACCUUGCUAUUGUUAGCUCAUGGUCAGACCAGGCUGGGCAUACAAUACUUGAAAGUGGGGAUGACAUAUCUAAAAUAACUGAUGAUGAAUCUCUACUUCUACUUAACCACCAAAGCCCUAGCGAUAUAGGGACCAUAAUGAGGUGUUUGCACGGGAAAAGUUUCAUAUUUUCCCGCACAAUCUGGGUAAUGGAUUGGCUGUUUCAGUUCCUUAACUUUGGAUGGGUUUCAAAAUGCCACGGUGACUUUUUCCUCCUCCAACCCACAGAUGCAAGAAGGUUGCCGAAGUGGUUUGUUGGUGAUAUAUCCAAGUCUAAUGCUACACAGCAAACCAGGCUUAGUGAUUGCGUGAAGAAUAAUUUCUGGAGCAGGAAUCGUAAAUGGGUGAUAGUUUUUCCCGAGGGUGGAUUCCUAAGCAAACGAAGGAGUGGUAGUCAAAGAUUCGCUCGUAAAAAUGAUCUCCCAAUACUGGAGCAUGUUGCCCUGCCUAGAUCAGGUGCUGUGCAGUGUAUAUUGGAUACCUUGGGUGUGGACGGGAAAUAUCCAGGAAAAAAUGGAAAUUCUCAUCCCCCUACUGAAGAUUUUUCCAAUUCCCACCUAAUAAAGUGGAUUGUUGAUGUAACAAUCGGAUACAAUCGGCCUAUAAGUAUACUAGAACACAUAAUGGGUCACAAUGGGCCGGCAACAAUAACUGUUCACUACCGUAUUUUCCCAGCAAAUGAGGUGUUUAAGAGCAAAGGCAAGGGAGAUAGUGAAACAAACCAACUCACUAACUGGUUAUAUCAUCUCUAUUAUGAAAAAGAAAAAUUGUUAUCAUAUUUCUAUGCCAAUGGGUGUUUUCCGUCUAAAAGUGGGGGUAAUGCUCCCACCCGAACCACCCCCCUAUUAUACACUCAGUUGUUCCUGAUCCAUGUGUUUGGGGCUGUAGGAGUCUUCUUCACAUAUUGCUUGUUUUAUUUGAUUUUCAGUUAAGAAUGUGAGAUAGAUAGUACGGUACGUAAAACAUACGUAUGUUAGUAUGCACAGCAAAUGUAAUGCUUUUUUACAAAAUUCACGUUUGUUUAAUGCCGUACUGUAGCAAAAUUUUUUCUAUUUAAACAGUUAUUUCAUGCCUUUCUGUAUUAUUUCAAUCGGAAUAACUCCAUGCCAACUGACACCUUAUUUCCUUCUAUUGAAUUCGAUUUAUUCGAUGGGAUAAGCUGUACAAUAGCUGUGAUAUGUUUAUAAUAGGGACUAAUAUUUGCAUUAUAAAAGGCUAGCCUAACAUGUAAUGGCGGACCCAAGGGGGUGAACAGGGGGGGCCCUUUUCCCACAAAAAAA